AUGGGUUCAAUUUCAACAGCAGAGCAGCAACAAAUGAAGAAGCCAUCAUUUCCAGCUGAGGCAAACACAUUAGAAUUUGCCAAAUCACUUGAUGCAAAGGAUCACCUUCGUUCUUUUCGAGAGAAAUUUUUCAUCCCUUCAAAAACAAACAUUAAAUCAAAGACUCUAUCGAAGCCAGAUAAUAAUGAUCCAAGCAUCUACUUCUGCGGAAAUUCGCUUGGGCUCCAGCCUAAAGCUGUAGCAGAAUAUCUUCAAGUUCACCUCAACACGUGGGCAACAAUCAACGUUCAUGGACACUUUAGAAAACUUGAAGGUUCACCCAUGAUACAAUGGCAACUGCUUGCCGAACAUGCAGCAGAACAGGCAGCUCCAAUUGUCGGAGCGUUGCCUUCAGAGGUUGGUAUUAUGGGCAGUCUUACCACGAACCUGCAUUUGUUGAUGGGCAGCUUUUACACACCUACCGCGUCCAAGAACAAGAUUAUUAUGGAGUGGAAAUCAUUUCCCAGUGAUCAUUUCGCUAUCGAGUCUCAGAUUAGAGCACAUGGGUACGAUCCUAAGGAAUCAAUGGUCAUGGUCGGUCCUGAUGAGGGAAGCUAUGAACUCUCGACGGAGAAGAUUCUCUCAUUCAUUGAUGAGCACGCUUCAACCGCUGCGCUACUUCUGCUGCCAGGCAUCCAGUAUUACACUGGCCAGUACUUUGAUAUGAAGACCAUCACCAAAUACGCGCAAGACAGAGGCUUAAUCGUCGGUUGGGACUUAGCUCAUGCGGCUGGAAAUGUUCCUGUGCAGUUGCAUGACUGGAAUGUGGAUUUUGCGGUCUGGUGCACGUACAAGUACAUGAAUGCCGGACCAGGUUCCAUUGGUGGAUUCUUCGUUCACCAGAGACAUGGAAAAGUUGAUUACGUGGAUGAUAAGCCAAUUUUCAGACCCAGAUUAUCGGGAUGGUACGGCGGUGAUCAAACCGGACGGAUGGCAAUGGACAACAGCUUCCGCCCAAGUCCAGGAGCCAGCGGAUAUCAGGUAUCAAAUCCAUCCGCUGUAGACUUGGCAUCACUUUGUGCCGCACUUUCAGUUUUGAACCAGACCUCCAUGGCGGACAUCCGGAAAAAGUCCGUCAAAUUGACUGCAUACCUCGAAUAUUUGCUCCUUUUCAGCUCAAGUGACAAUUUCAAGAUCAUCACCCCUUCGGAUCCUGAUGCUAGAGGCACGCAGCUCAGUGUUCUUCUGAAACCAGGCCGCAUGGAUACACUUAUGGAUAUGCUGGAGAAUGAAGGAAUCACAAUUGAUAAGAGGAAACCGAAUGUAAUUAGAGUUGCGCCUGUUCCGCUGUACAACACGUAUGAAGAUGUAUGGCGGUUCGUGCAAAUUUUCAACCAGGCUAUGGCAAAAUUUUGA